AUGUCGACGACAAAUACAGACGCAGGAGAACCUUCCCCGUCAUCUUUCACACUACCUAUUUGCGCAGCACCUUCAACUUCAACCCACCCGGCAUCUUUGCCGACUGAGAGGGGAAAAGAGAAUGAAAAUCCAUCACCAAUAUCGCCGACCGCGUCAGCAUACGUCCCGAGAUUCUGCGAUAUAGGCAUCAAUCUCACUGAUCCGGUUUUCAUCGGCCUCUACAACGGUACGCAGCGCCACCCGAGCGAUUUGCACGAUGUGGUGCGUAGGGCGAGGGACGUGGGGUGCAAGAAGUUGAUUGUGACGGGGAGCGAUUUGAAGCACUCUGAGCGCGCCCUUGACCUGUGCGAUGAGUUUCGUAAGUUUGGCUCUUUUAAUUGGGGAAUAGGCGAUUCUCAGUGGGAAAGCUCGGGAAGCACGUUCAAGGAUGAGAAAGCGGAUUGGGCUACUGUCUAUGCAACCAUAGGCGUCCACCCAUGCAACGCCUCAUCUCUCACGCCUUCCGUCUUACAAAAGCUCGAGGCCUUGGCUGACCAGGGCAAAUACGAACACAGAGUGGUGGCUUUCGGGGAGAUAGGACUUGACUAUGACCGUCUCGAGCUCUGCCCAAAACACAUCCAAUGUCUCGCUUUCAACUACCAACUCAAAAUAGCAGUCAAGCUACAACUCCCCCUCUUCCUCCACUGUCGAGCCGCGCAUGAGCAUUUCAUGGAGUGUCUUUCUAUUUAUUCAAGAAGACUGCCGAAAAGAGGCGUGGUGCAUUCUUUUACAGGGACACUGGAGGAAAUGCAAGAGCUGGUGGCACAGGGGUGGCAUAUUGGCGUCAACGGGUGCUCGAUGAAGACAGAAGAGAACUGCGCGGUGGUCAAGGCCAUCCCGCUCGAACGACUGCACAUCGAGACGGACGGUCCGUGGUGCGAAAUCCGGCCGAACCCGGCUAUGGGCUGGGGUGGCUGGAAGAGUGUCAAGAAAGAGAGAUGGGUGGAAGGCGCGACGAUCAAGGGACGGAAUGAGCCAUGCUUCAUUGGAAGGGUUGCGUGGGCUGUUGCGGGCAUCAAGGGGAUCAGUGUUGAGGAGGUGUGCGAGGCUGCUUGGAAGAACAGCGUUAGGAUGUUUGGGAUGGGCGAGGAGCUUCCGAGGGAGGAUAGGCUGGAUCCGGACACGGAGGAGGAUAUUGAGGGGAUGACGGAGGCUGAAGAGAAGGAGACCUUGCUGAAGGCGCAGGAUUGGUUACUGAGGGAAUGUGGAGGGGAGGCGCAGAGUCGGUGGGCAGAGGGGAUGUGA